AUGGCCUUCACGCGCCAUCGUUCUUUUCCAACACCUCUUACACCUUCAAUGCCACUGCCUGGCCCGAUCCCCGAACAGAUCGAGUCACUGCCGAUCACACCGCCCGACAUCUCGGAUUGUUUUGGCGACAAAUACUUCAAACCCGACAGUCGGGCCAUCAGAAAGGCAUUGCAUGUCCUCGCAACAGAGCGAAUGGCAUUAUCGCAUCUGGAAGACCUCUACAACAAUUCGCCGGAUAUUCAGGACUCACUUCUAAGGGCCAUCAGUCACAUCAUUCAUUCUGAAUCUCGACACGGCAAGACCGUUUUCACGGGAGUGGGAAAGUCGGGCCACAUCGCCAAAAAGCUCGUUGCAACCUUUGUUUCACUGGGCAUCCACGCACAGUUCUUGCAUCCCAUUGAGGCUCUCCAUGGUGAUCUGGGUGUCAUCCGACCGAAUGACACGAUUGUAAUGGUCACAUUCUCGGGGAAGACGCCCGAACUUUUGUCACUCCUCCCUCAUAUAAACCCCGAUAUACCCUUGAUCGCGAUGACUGCGCAUCUGAAUCCCAGCACAUGUCCCCUUUUCUCGCAUCCGGCGCGGUCUCGAUCGUGCAAUGUCUUGUUGCCGACCAUGAUUCCCGAAUCCGAAACCACGUCAUUUGGUGUGUCUGCACCAACUACAUCUACAACUAUAACUUUGGCAUUGGGCGACAGCUUAGCGCUCGCCGUUGCAGACGAACUGCAUUCUGCUGCUGGACUUCAGACCCCUGCCAUUUUUGCAGCCAAUCACCCUGGAGGUGCCAUUGGCGCUGCACUGAAGCCCUCUCCUGCCCAGACGAUACCACGAAUGUCAGACUUGGCCACCAUUGUCUCCGAAGUACCUAUCGCAACCCCUCGACCGGGGCAGCAGCUGAUGUGCUUGGAUGUGCUUGUGGCUGCUGUGCGGUCACCUCGUGGGUUUGUGCGGACGUCGCCUAAUCAUAUCGUUGGCCCUCGACGGACCCAAAAUCUACGGGAUCCGGAACUACCAGUUUCGGAUUUCGAGGACGAACUUGGCAAGGUACAGAUCGAGAGAACGGAUUGGAUUUCCGUGCUCAGCACCACGACUGUUGACGAGUGCAAAAAUUGGAUUCGUCAAAUGCGAGAAGAAGGUACCGGCCGAGGCAAGGAAUUCCUUCGGCGCGGGACCUUGCUCGGUAUCGUUGACCGGAACGAGGUUACCGGCGUUGUGGAGAUUGAGGAGGUGAUGGGCGACGAUUUCUUUUGA